AUGACAGAUUCAGAUGGAUAUGAAGGAACACUAUUAAAAACUACUUCAAAUGCUGUUGAUUUUACAUUAAACGUUGCUUGUGAAAGAAUUUAUGGACAAUUUAAUACAGACAGAUGUACAAAAGGCGCAUUUUUAGGAAGUGCUACAACAUUAGAGACAGUCACAUUUCCAGAUGGAUCACAGUUAAAAGAGAUAUAUGAGUGUGCAUUUUUUAGUUGUACAAAACUCGCAGCUAUUGAUUUUAGUAAGUGCGAAUUACUUACACAAAUUGGUCGAUAUGCAUUUUCAGGGUGCACAUCAUUAUUUAGCGUUAUUCUUCCUAAAUCUUUAUCAACGAUAACUCCAUAUUGUUUCUUUUCCUGCAGAAUUCAAUCAAUAUCUAUUCCGAAAACAGUUAAAGCAUUACAAUCAGCAUGUUUCCAAGACAAUAUAUAUCUUACACAAGUUGACAUUCCAUCUGACUCAUUAUUAGAAAGAAUUGAAUGGAGAUCCUUCAGAGCAACAGGUCUCAUUUCAUUAUUUAUUCCAAAGUACGUAAAUUACUUUGUAGGAAGCGUAUUUGAAGAAAUGAGAUCCCUUACUAGGAUAGAAUGUGAUGUUUCGAAUCAAUAUUUUAGUUCAUCAGCAGGAAUAUUAUAUAAUAAGGCCCAGACAGAAAUCAUCCGAUAUCCGGGUGGAUAUAGUCGAACAUUCACAGUUCCAGACAAUGUUGAAAGAAUUGGAGAUUCUUCUUUUUCUAAUUCAAUUCUAGAAUCAAUUACAUUUAAUACUAAAGUAUACUAUAUUGGAACUUUCGCAUUCGCCUCUAACGAAUUAGUUUCAAUUGUAAUUCCAGAUAGUGUUACAGAAUUAAAGAGUAAUGCUUUUCAAUAUAAUAAGAGAUUGAAAUCUAUUACAUUUGGAAGAGGAUUAAAAAUAUUAUCAUAUCAAUGCUUUGCAGGAACUGCUAUUACAAGUAUUAUUAUACCAGAGGGAAUAACAACAAUAGAAAUUGGUGUAUUUACUAAUUGUAAUCAUCUGAAGAGUGUAGUUCUACCAUCAACAAUCAAAAGGAUUGGCGGAGGAUGGGUAACAAGUAGUCCUGUUAUUAAUGUCACCGAGGGAGCACAAGUUAGCAUUGAUGACCAAUUGAUGUUCUAUAAUCUUGAUAAAUCUAUCUUGAACAUGUGUCUCAACAAGAGUGAUUACUAUCGAAUUCCAUCUACUGUCAAAACUAUCAGCUAUGAAGCAUUUAGCAAGAACACUCUUUUGACACGUAUUGAAUUUGAAUCGAGCGAUAAUCUCACACACAUUGGUGCAUCUGCAUUCAGAGAUGAUGUUAAUUUAAAUUCUAUCGACAUUCCAUCUUCUGUUGUCAGUGUUGGUGAGUAUGCAUUCGCAGGAUGCUCAUCAUUAACAUCUAUAUCCUUUGGAAGCAAACUCACAGUACUCAAUAAGCACUGCUUUGAUGGCUGCAGUUCUCUCGAACGCAUGAUCAUUGGAGGUGGCAGCACAUACAACAUCUGGGAAUAUUCAUUCCUGAACUGCAGAAAUCUUCGUGAUGUUAAUCUUGGUGAAGGACUUCAAAAAAUCGAGAUGCAGUCUUUCAGCAACUGUGUCUCUCUCAAGUCAAUUAGAUUCCCAUCAAGUUUAAGUUACAUCGGAAUAUAUUGCUUUUCUCUUUCAGGUAUCGAAGAAGUCAUAUUCUCGGAGUCUAGCACAAAGAAUACCAUCGACGCAUACAGCUUCAGCGACAGUCACAACUUGAGCCGCAUCACACUCCCUCCGAACAUCGUUUCCAUUGGUGAGAAUAGUUUCGAGCGUACAGGUCUUACAUCUUUCGAAGUUAUCUCCACCAUUGUUAACAUCUCCGACUACGCCUUCAGUGGCUGCUCUUCUCUCACAACAUUCACUAUCAAAAACGGGGGCGCUCUUGAACGCAUUGGUACUCUUGUCUUUGAUGGUUGUAUAUCUCUUCGCGAGAUUGUUUGUAGCAGCAGCAACUUCUUCGAAGUCGACAAUGGUGCUCUAUUCAACAAAGGCCGCAGUUCACUGAUUGUCUUCCCUCCUGCAUCACCGAUCAAGUACUUCAGCUUCUCUCAGAACGUUCGCAGUGUUUCAUCAAGUGCAUUCAUUGGUUGCAAGAACUUACUCAGUGUCACUAUUCCAGACAACAGCAUCGAAACAAUCGGACAAUAUGCAUUUUCGAACUGUACUAACUUACGUUCGAUCAACAUCCCUCUUAGCGUCAAAUCUGUCAGCCGAUCUGCAUUUUCAGGAUGUGACAACCUCAAAUGCGGUGUUCUUGUUGACAGCACUGACAACACAUUUAGACGCAAUCUCAUUGAUGUUGCAAAACUUCCUGCUACAUCUCUUCAUGACUGCUCACCUAUUACAUGUCGAGUUGCAUCCUGUCACAGCACAAUAUCCUUCAUGCUAUUUUCUGUAUUUAUUAUCAUGUAA